AUGCUGCUGACACCACUUUUUUGCUCUGACUGUCAGACUCGCACACUUUAUUUGUCCUUACUGUUGACUGACAAGUUUCAGCAUCUCGCAAAAACCACCAAUCCUGCCUGUCGUACCCUCUACCUUUCCUCACGGCGAUUCGCUCCAGACCCAGCAAAUGAUGUAGAUAUAGACGCACCUGAUCCAAAUCAUCCGCUGCAUUUUGAAGGUGAUUUUUUUGGAACAUACGCUGAGGAUGAGUUUGCAUGGCCAGGGUCAGAUGACGAGGGGGAUGUUGGUCAAGCACCUAUGGAUGAAGAUGACUCAGAUAAUGACAUCAACGAUCACGACGAAUGGGAGCCUCCUGCAGCACCAGCACCCUCAAGUCAUUCUGCGGAGCAUCAUGACACUAACAAUCAUGACGAAUGGGAACCUCCUGUAGUGCCAGCACCUGCGCACAAUGAUGCCUUACACCCACCUACCACAGAUCAAGGCCAAGAUGCUUUUCAUAUGGCGCAGCGGCGACUUCUUGAACACGAACAAGUACCUAUAAUUGUCCAUUACCCUGAUCAACGAGCUGGACAGCCCAUCGACUCAGCCAUCAAGCAGCCAAGCAAUAUAACCUACCAUGCACAGCUUAAUGGCUCGAGUGCAGAUAAUAUUUAUGCCCCAUUCGCCUCGAAGCUUGAUUGGGAGAUGGCUCGAUGGGCAAAAUUACGAGGUUCAAGCUCAACUGCGUUCUCAGAACUUGUUUCUAUUGAAGGUGCCGUCCGAAAUUCAAACGAUCAGAUUGUCGUUGCUAAUGAAGCGUUUGAUGUCUACUAUCGCGAUAUCAUUGAAUGCAUCAAGGCUCUUUUCAGUGAUCCAAGUUUUGCUGACUUUCUGGUCUUUGCGCCUGAACGCCAUUAUGCCGACGAAGAUGAGACGAUUCGUUUAUAUCAUGAGAUGCAUACUGGAAAAUGGUGGUGGAAUAGUCAGAAACACUUAGAUCACGAGCGCCCUGGUGCUACAAUAAUUCCCAUCAUCAUUUCAUCAGACAAGACUCAAGUUACGAUGUUUCGCAACAAGACAGCAUACCCCGUCUACAUGACUAUUGGAAACAUCCCAAAGGAUAUUCGUCGGAAACCGUCACGCCAGGCACAUGUCCUCCUCGCAUACCUUCCAACUACUCGCCUUGAACACGUUACCAACAAAGCUGCUCGCCGACGGAUGCUUGCCAAUUUAUAUCAUGCUUGUGUGGGACGUGUACUUGCACCACUCACAGCUGCCGGCAUCAAUGGCAUUAAUAUGCGAAGUGGUGAUGGAAUAAUGCGUCGAGGCCAUCCUUUGUUUGCAUGUUUUGCAGGAGACUACCCAGAGCAAGUUUUAGCUACCGGAGUCAAGACAACUCAAUGUCCAAAUUGCGAUGUUCCCUCCGACGAGCUUGGUCUAGCAACUGGUGUCGCAAAUUGGCAACCACGAGACCUUGGUGCAGUACUUGAUGCCCUCUGCGCUCUUGACCAAGGUGGAUUGGCCUUUGUGCGUGCAUGCGCAGAUGCUGGCAUUAAGCCUAUUGUCCACCCAUUCUGGGAGGGACUACCCUUUGUCAAUAUAUUCGAAUCCAUAACUCCUGAUAUUCUGCAUCAACUAUACCAAGGGCUCGUCAAGCAUCUCCUCGCUUGGCUUUCUGAUGCAUGUGGCAGUACGGAGAUUGAUGCACGAUGGCAUCACAACUCUUUCACGUGUAAGCGGUACAGAACAUAA